GUGCUUCUUCCCCGAGGCGGAGAGGAGAGACCUCCGAGCGCCGGGGUGUGGAGGUAGCGGCCGGGCCCCGUCCUCAAUAUGCAGCGAUUACUCCUUCCGCCCUUGAAGGCCUUGAUGGGGGGCCCGUGUCUCCGACUCCUGGGUCCCAGGGCGGCGCCUAGAACGCAGUGUGGUUGCAGCUGUGGGAUCAGGAUCCCCUUGAGGCCAGGGCAGUACAGCACCAUCUCUGAAGUAGCUUUACAAUCUGGAAGGGGUACAGUGUCGCUCCCUUCAAAGGCUGCUGAGCGGGUGGUGGGCCGAUGGCUCCUGGUCUGCAGUGGAACAGUGGCUGGAGCAGUUAUUCUUGGUGGAGUAACUAGAUUGACAGAGUCUGGCCUCUCAAUGGUAGAUUGGCAUUUAAUAAAGGAGAUGAAGCCACCUACAAGCCAAGAGGAAUGGGAAGCAGAAUUCCAAAAAUAUCAGCAAUUUCCAGAAUUUAAAAUCUUAAAUCAUGAUAUGACACUGGCGGAAUUCAAGUUCAUCUGGUACAUGGAGUACUCACACCGAAUGUGGGGUCGGCUUGUAGGCCUCGCAUACAUCCUGCCUGCUGCCUACUUUUGGAGAAAGGGCUGGCUCAGCCACAACAUGAAAGGACGUGUUCUUGCCCUCUGUGGCUUAGUGUGCUUCCAGGGUCUGUUGGGAUGGUAUAUGGUGAAAAGUGGAUUAGAAGAAAAACCAGAUUCUCAUGACAUCCCUCGGGUCAGCCAGUACCGCCUUGCUGCCCACCUGGGGUCAGCCCUGGUUCUUUAUUGCGCCAGCUUGUGGACUUCGCUCUCACUGCUGCUGCCUCAGCACAAGUUGCCUGAAACCCGUCAGCUUCUGCGGUUGAGACGAUUUGCUCACGGAACAACAGGCCUAGUGUUCCUUACAGCUCUGUCAGGGGCUUUUGUGGCAGGACUGGAUGCUGGGCUUGUUUACAACUCCUUCCCCAAGAUGGGAGAAUCUUGGAUCCCAGAAGACCUUUUCACCUUCUCUCCCAUCCUGAGGAAUGUUUUUGAGAACCCUACUAUGGUGCAGUUUGAUCACCGGAUUCUGGGAAUCACUUCAGUUACUGCCAUUACAGCGCUCUACUUCCUGUCCCGGAGAAUUCCCCUUCCUCGCAGGACCAAGAUGGCAGCAGCGACUCUGCUGGCUUUGGCAUAUACACAGGUGGGCUUGGGCAUUAGCACUCUGCUGAUGUACGUUCCAACUCCUUUGGCUGCUACUCACCAGUCGGGCUCCUUGGCUCUGCUCAGUGUUGCCCUUUGGCUCAUGAAUGAACUCCGAAGAGUCCCAAAAUAAUUCUAAAAAGAUCGAUCAGCUGCGUAGGACUGAAACUGCUUUUGAGAGCUCAUUAGAGCACAAGAACUUGGAUUUUGCUAAGAGAAUGAACUUGGCAUAUCAAAUGGUUUCCAGAUCUGUCAAGUUUUUAAAAAUUCUUUGCCUGUUUCUGGAAGUCACUGGAUCAAGAAUGUCAUUAGGUAUGAUUACAGUAACGGUUCCUUUUUAAAUGUUAUUUUUCAUGUUGAUCCUAUUAAUGGGAUAUCACCUCUUCUAGACAGAAUUAUUUUAAAAAGGGAACUAGAGUCACCGGGGUAGGUUCCCAUAGCAUUUCUCCUGAUCCCCACACUAAAGUUGUUCUUAGUUAAUAAUAGUCACCAGAGGGCAUUAUGAUCCAAUCCAAAGAACUAUAUGCUAACGCUUCUACAGUUCCCUCCAACAAAGGAGCAACGAAUGAAUUAAGUUCAAGUUUCAGAUACUUUACUUCAUUUUCAUUUUAUUAAAGAUGAAUAAGUUUGGAAAAACAGAUCUGUUUGCAUUAAGCUAUAUAACUAUUAUGCCUAUCCACAAUCCUGGUGAAUGGAGAUUAUCUGAAUUAUUUUUAGGUUUGCAUUAUUCCCAGUAUUGGACACAUACCAAAUAUUGCACAAAUGAAUGGAAAAUAAUUAAAGAUUGAUGUCCCGGGCACCUCUUCCAAAGCAAGUCAUCACAUACCUACAAGAUUAAAUGAAUUUAUCACAAUGUUUUCAAAGGUCCCUCAACAAUUCUGUCCGUUGUUUUUAAAACAUCAAAGGAAUUAAAACACCUGCUUUCUUAA